AUGCUGCAAUUGCGAUCUUUGGCUGCUGUUCUCUCCAGCAGCCUGUGCCACCGUCUGGCCUCCAAUAAUGCUCAUUUGGAUUAUUCCCGAUAUCCAAGUCUCCAGGAAUCUGACAUCGAGGAAACGCUUAUGCGCGGCAGCGGUCCCGGCGGACAAGCGGUGAACAAAACCAACAACUGUGUCUUCCUGCGACAUCUGCCCACUGGCCUAACCGUCAAGUGUCAUCUGCACCGUUUGGCCUCCAAGAAUCGCAUAGAGGCACGCAAAAUACUGUUGGACAAGCUCGACGCCCACCUAAAUGGAGAACAGUCGAUUGCAGCACAGUUGAAAGUAUUUGAUCAGAAGAAAUCCUCGGAGCGCAAGCGUCGCCAGGGCAAACUGCAGGAGAUGAAAAAGAUGUGGCAGAGUCGUGAAAUGUCAAAUGUUGACGGGGAGACUGAAAAGUGAAAGAGAUUUGUGUGCAUGGUAAAAAGAUUUGUUUAUUAAAGCUCAGAGCUACCAACUGGAGAAAUUGCUGAA